AUGGAUGACGGAGUCCUGGCCCAGGCUGCCCAGGGAGGUGAAAUGACGAAAUUGCAGGUGUUUGGCAAAUGGCAUGACAUCCCAAGGAAGCAGGUAACCUACGGAGACCCGGAGUUGACGUACACUUACUCGGGCGUUACCUUCUCUCCUAAGCCGUGGAUCCCAGUUCUGAACCGUAUCAGAGACCGCGUCACUGUGGAGACAGGACACACUUUUAAUUUUGUUGUUAUUAACAGAUACAAAGAUGGUGGGGACCACAUAGGCGAACAUCGAGAUGAUGAGAGGGAACUGGUUCCACGCAGUCCGAUUGCGUCCGUGACCUUCGGAGCUUGCCGGGACUUUGUUUUCAGGCACUGUGACUCGAGAGGGAAAAAUGCCACGCGCCACAUCAAGCCCAUCAGACUGCAGCUGGCCCACGGGAGCCUGCUGAUGAUGAAGUACCCCACCAACGUCUACUGGUACCACAGCGUGCCCACCCGCAAGAGAGUCCUUGCCCCGAGAAUCAAUCUCACAUUUCGGAAAAUGGUGACCGUAGCCAAGAAGUGA